UCCCCAUGAGUUAUUCUCACUCUAGGGACUAUGGUCUCCACAACCCCUAAUCUGAUCACCAAGUCAAAGGGACCCUUCUCCAGCUGUUCCUGCCACCUCCCAUUCCUGCAGUUCUGAUGGCACCGCCAUUUAGUGAGGUUUCUGACUCCUGUGAUUCUGACUAUACAGAUGUCCGAUGUGGUCCACUGCUCCCAUUCCAGAGGCACAACUAUCAGAAGGUGCCAACAGCACAAUGGCAGUUUGCCACCUUGCCUUUUUGGCAAAGUUGGUAUCUGGCACCGCUGUCACAGGCUGUGCAACAGCAGGGUCAACAGGGCUGGCCAUACUGGAGUGGCCCCAAUAUUUAUUCUCCAAACAAACCUGCUCAGUUCGGGAGGACUCCACCACUUCACCAUCACAACCCUCGUCAGAUGCUGUGUCUGAGGCAAAGUGGAAAUCUGAAGCACUAUAAAGCAGCAUGCUAUAGCACACUGGUGCCAUCUGAUGAAGUAACUGUCAAUUACAGAUAUGGCCUUCCUGUGGUAACCCUUAUGUUACCUUCAAGAAAAGAGCGCUGUCAGUUUACCGUCAAGCCAAUGUUAACAACGGUGGGGACCUUCCUGCAGGAUGUACAGAAAGAAGAUAAAGGAAUUCAGAGGGCAGAAGUCUUUACUACAGAUGGUAGCAAGAUCCCUGCAACAGCAUUGAUGGAAGUUUUGUUGAUGAAUGACUUCAAACUUGUAAUCAACAACACCACUUAUAGUGUACAAGUCCCUGUAAAAGAGAAGUGGAGUAGAGAGCAUGCUACUGAAGCAGAAGAUAUCAAAUCCUUGGUUCAUAGACUGUUCAUCGCCCUUCAUUUAGAAGACCACCAGUUAAGGAGAGAGAGAGAACUGCUUCAGAAACUGGACCACCUAAGGGAACAGCUAGUACCCCUUGAGCAGAUGAAAGCCAAAAUUGCAACAAGUGCAGAUGCAAAGACCAAUAGGCUCCUAUGGACUGGCUUAGCACUACUGUCCACUCAAGGUGGAGCACUGGCCUGGCUCACGUGGUGGGUCUAUUCAUGGGAUAUAAUGGAGCCAGUGACGUAUUUUAUCACUUACGGGAGUGCCCUGGCAUUCUACGCUUACUUUGUACUUACUAAACAGGAUUAUGUUUACCCAGAUGUUAAAGACAGACAAUUCCUCCACUACUUCUACCGGAAAUCCAGAAGCCAACAUUUUGAUGUGGAACAGUAUAACAAGCUAAAAGAGGCACUGGCAGAGGUUGAAGAGUCCCUGAGACGCCUGCAUCAGCCCCUACAUCUGCAACUUCCAAUACAGGAAAUUAAUGACAAAGACUAAUUUUUUUUCAUAACUGAAUUGUCAUUUCCAAAACCGAUUCCAAUAUUUAGUUUCUAUGUUGCAAACUGAAUAUUUUUGACCACUAUAGUUCUGAACAUUACUAGAAAUGUUGAUUAAAACUAUUAUAUCAUUAGAUUUUUAAAAAAUAAUUCCUGAAAUAAAGAAAUCUUUCAAAAUA